GCGGGGCCGGCGCACGGCAGCCUUCUCCGCUGCGGCCGCCUGCGCUGCGGCCGGAAACAAUAGUGGAGGAGCCUGGGCCGCGCGGAUCGGCGGCGGCGCGCGAAGCCGGACGGGGCACUAUGAACGAAGAGGAGCAGUUUGUAAGCAUUGAUUUGAAUGAUGACAACAUCUGCAGUGUUUGUAAACUGGGAACAGACAAAGAAACACUCUCCUUCUGCCACGUUUGUUUUGAGCUAAAUAUUGAUGGAAUACCAAAAUCUAAUCUCUUGCACACCAAAUCAUUAAGGGGCCAUAAAGACUGCUUUGAAAAAUACCAUUUGAUUGCAAACCAGGAGUGUCCUCGAUCUAAGCUUUCAAAAAGUACUUAUGAAGAAGUUAAAACCAUUUUGAGUAAGAAGAUAAACUGGAUUGUACAAUAUGCACAAAAUAAGGAUCUGGAUUCAGAUUCCGAAUGUUCUAAAAAUCCCCAGCAUCACCUGUUUAAUUUCAGGCAUAAGCCAGAUAAAAAGUUACUCCCACAGUUUGACUCCCAAGUACCAAAGUAUUCUGCAAAGUGGAUAGAUGGAAAUGCAGGUGGCCUCUCAAACUGUACACAAAGAAUAUUGGAACAGAGGGAAAAUACGGACUUUGGGCUUGCUGUGUUACAAGAUUCAGGUGCCACUUUAUGCCACAAUAGUCAAUUGUGGCCUCAUAGUCACAACCAGGAACAGAAAAAAGAAGAGACAGUCUCUAGUCCAGAGGCUAAUGUCCAAACCCAGCAUCCACAUUACAGCAGAGAAGAAUUGAAUUCGAUGACUCUUGGUGAGGUAAAGCAACUGAAUGCAGAGCUCCGACAACAAAUACAGGAAGUUUUUGAAGAGUUAGCCCACCAAGUGCAAGAAAAAGAUUCUUUGGCCUCAGAGCUCCAUGUCCGCCACAUUGCCAUCGAACAGCUUCUCAAGAACUAUUCUAAGUUACCGUGUCUGCAAAUGGGACGAACGGGAAUGAAGUCACACCUACCCAUAAACAACUGAACUCUAAACUUACACGUCCUUCCUAUGGCCUGCCAUUUUUUUGGCCUGCCGGGCAUGCACACUUUGAAGAAGUUGAAGAAAGUUAUGGUCAAUUAUUUUAUGGUCAUUAAAUUUGCAAAACUUAAGGCAGUGUUUAACAUCUUUGUCAAAUAAAGCAGAUCAUUACACCCUAGUCUUCUAGGGUUAAUCAUUUUGGUUCAUUUGGGAAAUCUUUUUUCCCAUAAUUACUAAACAGCCCUCCCUAACUUUUACCAUAUGUGACUACUUAAAUAUACUGUUAGAGUGUGACUUUGUUAAACAUGGUUUAAUGUAAUUCACCUGUCAGAACAACAGAAGGUUAACAAAGUUCUUAGGUUAGUCUAAACUACUAAAGAUAACAUUUAAGAGGUAAAUGGAAUUCAUAAUACCACCUCUUAUUUAUUGAGCAAUAUUUUAAUAUGAAAAUUUUAUAUAUAAAAAUAGUAUUUUAGGUACCUUUUCAUUCUGUUUAUAAAUGUGUAUUUGAAUGGCUCUGUAUAUUAUAUUUACACUUUCAUGUGUGAAUGUUACCCAUAUUUCAGAUCACUGCAUUUUAUUCUCUUAAUAAUGUUUUUACAGCUGUUAUCUUAUUUUCCAAAGAUAAAUGUAUUUUGGCAUAGAAAUCUAUCUAGUUGAAUUGUUUUGACUUCUAAUAACUCUUAUGAAAGAGGAAUUAAUAACUUUUUAAAGCAAGUAUACAGGAAAAUAAAAGACAUUAUUUUUUUCUAACAAAAACAGUUAUGAGUCCAAGAAGAAAAUGCUAAUCUAGUUUCUGUAUGUCAGCUUGUCUCCAUAGAAGUAAAAGCCUAUUCUACGUCAUUAUUACUUUCAUCCUAAUGACUUUGAUGUGUUAGAUUUGGACAGAAUUUAAGUAAAGUCUCACUUCCAAGUCAAAUGUAAUGUCUAUCUUCAAAUAUAAUAUGCCAUGAAAUUGUUGUCCUAUCUUUGAAAAAAAUUAAAAUCAUUUUGUGUACCACUUAAGAUAAAAGUUCAAGAAUCCUUCAACUGUCCAAAUUCUGUUAUCAACAUCACUGAAAGUAGUGCCCAAAGAAAGCAUUUUCUAAACUUUAGAAUCUAAAGGAAAAGAGAAGAUUGCUAGUCACAGAAAAACAGAACUCUUAAUUCAAAAAAAAA